CUCUCCUCCAGCAUCUCCAACACACUCCAGCGCACAGACCCGGUGAGAGCCGCUUCUUGCACCUGCACAAGCGGACACGCGGACACGUGGACACGGGCACGAUCAUACACGCACCCAGCAGAGCAGGCACGACAAAAAACGUGAAAAGCUGGAGGCGGCAGUGCAGGUAUCGUGGCACCGGUGAAUGAUCUGAAGCUCACAGACACACAGGAGGCAGACAUGGACCUGACGCUGCUGUUCCGGAAGCUGGCGCUCGUCUCGUCCGUGUGCGUACUGCUGGCCGGUUGCGCGCGCGCCUGCGGUCCGGGCCGGGGCUACGGUAAGCGCAGACACCCGAAGAGACUGACGCCGCUAGCCUACAAACAGUUCAUUCCUAACGUGGCGGAGAAAACACUGGGUGCGAGCGGAAAGUACGAGGGCAAAAUUACGCGCAACUCGGAGCGCUUCAAGGAACUCACACCGAACUACAACCCCGACAUCAUCUUCAAGGACGAGGAGAACACAAACGCAGACCGACUCAUGACCCAGCGAUGUAAAGACAAACUGAACUCAUUGGCCAUCUCAGUCAUGAACCAGUGGCCCGGGGUGAAGCUGCGUGUCACAGAGGCCUGGGACGAGGACGGCAACCAUUUCGAAGAGUCUUUACACUAUGAGGGCCGAGCAGUGGACAUUACGACCUCAGACAGAGACAAGAGCAAAUACGGAAUGCUGUCGAGACUCGCCGUGGAAGCCGGAUUCGACUGGGUUUAUUACGAAUCCAAAGCACACAUACACUGCUCCGUCAAAGCAGAAAAUUCGGUGGCAGCUAAAUCUGGUGGCUGCUUUCCAGGCUCUGCGCUGGUUUACCUCUCAGAUGGAAGAACGAAGCCUGUCAAGGAUCUGAAGGAAGGUGAAAAGGUUCUUGCAGCAGAUGAGCUGGGAAACAUUGUGUACAGUGACUUCAUUGCCUUCCUGGACCGGGACGUGACCCUGCAUCGGACAUUCCUUGUGCUCGAGACACAGAAGCCAAAUGUGACUCUGAAGCUCACGGCGGCACACCUAGUGUUCGUCCGGGAUGAUUCGGCUGCCUCAGGGAUGGCGGCGAAGUUUGCGAGUGAAGUGAAACCAGGGCAGGAGGUGUUUGUGUGGGAAGGACAAGGACGUCUGAGUAGCGCGAGUGUAGAGCGAGUUUCUGUGGUGGAGGACAGGGGCACAUAUGCACCGCUCACAGCACACGGGACCAUUGUGGUGGACGGUGUUCUAGCAUCAUGCUACGCUGCUGUGGAGGCACACCACUGGGCACACUGGGCUUUUGCGCCAUUCCGCCUGAGUCACACUCUUACGCCGACCUUGUGGUGGCGUUGGAUGAUACCGGAUUCAAAUGCUACCUCACAGCAAGAUGGGAUUCACUGGUAUCCCAAGAUGCUGCUGCAUGUUGGAAUGUGGCUGUUGGGCCAAGACUCUUUCCACCCACUUGGGAUUUCAAGCUCAAGCUGAGACUCAAACAACUUACAGGAAGGUUUUAGUGCAAAAUGCAUUUUCUAUGAAUGAAAGCUAACAGACACCAAUUAGCAUGGUGUGCUUGGGAUAAUCGGUGGCUGUUCACUUCAAAGGCCCCUAGUCAUUCUAGCUUUGCCACAGUCAGUCGAAUCACGCCGCAGAUUCGUGAGUCAUUUUCUCUGGUGAUGUGUGACAUGCUAAUUUAAAGCACCGCUAACUAGCAGAACAACAUCUGAAGGAAUAUUCCUUCAUAUUUUCUGCACAAAACAUUGGAUGUGCUAAUUUUAUCAGGCAUGAUUGAUAGUUUAUUUCAAUUUUCCAGCCUUUUUUACGUUGCAUUUUAUUCCUAAAAAAACCAGGUGGACAAACCCCAUAGUUUCAAACCAUCUCUCAGUGGACAGUAAAAUGCUGUACUAUGAAAUUAUCUAAACUGUAUAUCUACAGUUAACAAAAUUAAAAUCCUCCUAUAUACAAAUUCAAGGUUAAACUGCUGCAAAAGAGACAACAGUUUUCAGAUCAGAAAAAGUCCUAGCAUCUUUCUAUGAUGCCCUACAACUGGGUUCCCUGAUCAGAACAAGGUUCCAUUGUUACUUUUUAAAGGUUAAAAGGUUCUAUUAGGGUACCAGGAGAUUUCAGGGGUUGAAGAUUCUAUUAGGUUACCAGGAGAGUUCAGGGGUUAUACAAGUAUUAUUAAAGAGGUGGUUUUUUUUUGUAAGAGUGUUCUUCAGUUGUCCGUCUGAUGGUUCUGCACUGAACCCAUCAACAGAGAGUUCACUUAUCAGACAGCGUUCCAAGCUGAACCACUUUAUGAGUAUUAGAAUGUUAAAAUAUCCAAUGAGCCAUUAAUAAAGCCUCCAAGAACCAUGUACCAGGUACCAAGGGUUCUGUAGAGAUUCUGAGCUUCUCACUGGGGCCCUUUCUGUUGUAGGGGUCUAGAGAGAACCUUAAGAGUUCCCUUAGAACUUCUCAGUGACGUGCCUGCUCCUCAAACUUCUAGUGCGACUGUGGCUGUAUUCAGUGUUAGCAUUAGCAUUAGCAUAGUGGACUGAAAUGUUCUACUCAGUGGCAUUAACUUAAAGAAAUGGUUUUGGAGGGAAAAUAAAUCAGUUUUACACAGACAUCAUAUUUACCUCACAUGUUAUCAACUACAAGAUAUGUUAGACAUGCUCGUCAGGAUAAUGGACACGUAUGCACACCAGAUAGCAUCGUUUAUGCUGCAGACUGAAUAAUCACAAACUGUGUUACGUAACUGGACUGUUGUGUGUUGGUGUUGAGCUAAUUGGUAUGCAUAAACGUCCAUUACUUUUUAGCGACCUUAGCCUAACAGACGGAAGAAAAAUUACAGACACUUGAGGAAACGUGUUCUAAAAAUUGCUGUUGAUUUAAUUUUUCUCCUUGAAUCACUUCCUUAGUGAUUUAAGAAUCCUGAUAACGUGUUUUGUUCUAUAAUUUAUUUGUAUUUUGGAUCAUUCCAAACCGUAACAAUGGAAUAUGGGAUUCACAGAGAUGAAGUAAGAUUGAGGAGACAUAAAAUUUCUCAGAACCCUGACAGACUGCUCUAUUUUACCGGAUAGUCCGACACUCAUAAAUUAUAUUUUUCUACACAGAUUUGUAUAUUAGAUUUUUUUG